AUGUCUCAAAUUCGGGCUUUCUUGAUUGCUUUCUGCUUCUUGACGGCCACCGUAUUCUCGUCAAGGCUGUGCGGUGUGACGCUGAUACACAGACUCGGCAAAAUGUGUCGAGUUACAACCGAGGAAAAGUGCUCGAACUUGAAUUUUGAAGACAUUGAUAUCCCCAUAACAGACGUCGCCCAACGUUGCUGCUCCCAACAAUGUUCGUUCACAUUCAUGCAAGCGGUGUGUUGUGCGCUGAAUUUCGGCUCCUCAUUCCGCCACCAGAAGGUCGUAUUCACUGCGAAGGAUCUCUACGAAAGCCUUCAGUGA